AUGUCUAAUAUUGAAUCGAAAACUCCUGUCAGCGCAGGCGAAGUCGAAAAGAGCCAUACCUACGAUGGUUCCGGAACCGAGGAUGACCCAUUCGUGGUGGAGUUCCAAAAAGACGACCCCAGCAAUCCGAUGAACUGGGGUCAGUUCCGCAAAUGGUUCAUUGCAGCCAUUGCAACUUCUUCAGUCUUCGCCGUGACCUUUACUUCCUCCGCGUACUCGGUGUCAGCAAAUGAAGUCUUCCAGGACUUUGAUAUCAGCACCGAGGUCUUCAUUGUCGGGCUUUCCCUCUUUGUGCUAGGGUUUGCGAUUGGCCCUGCUGUAUGGGGUCCCUUGAGGCUUAUAGCUAACAUUGACUCAAGGUCGGAACUAUAUGGAAGACGGAUCCUCUGGAUCAUCACUCAUAUCGCCAUGGUUGCUUUUCUAGGAGGCUCCGCAGGCAGCCAAAACGUGGCUACCCUCCUCAUCCUGAGACUCUUUGCUGGCACAUUUGGCGGCUCACCCCUCGUCAACUCCGGCGGAACAAUUGCCGAUAUAUUCCCGCCUGCCCAGCGUGGUCUGGCAUUGACUAUCUACUGCGUUGCACCUUUCCUCGGCCCGAUUCUGGGUCCAAUCGUGGGCGGCUUUGUGUCUGAAAAUAUCGGAUGGAGAUGGGUGCAGGGUGUCUGCGUGAUCUUCAUUGGUAUAAUCGGCAUUCUGGGUAUUGCUUUUAUUCCUGAGACAUAUGGCCCGGUUUUACUUCAACAACGGGCACGUCAGUUGGCCAAGGCCGAUGGCAAGGUCUACGUGAGCAUUUUGGAAAAGAACCAAGGGAAGAAGAAGCCGUCGGAAGUCUUCAAGCGCGCUUUGUUCCGUCCCUGGAUUUUCCUCUUCCUCGAGCCCAUCGUCUUGGUAGCAUCACUCUACAUGGCCAUUAUCUACGGCACGGUCUACAUGUUCAUGGGUGCCAUGCCCAUUGUAUAUAACGAAGACCGCGGCUGGAGUGAAGGUAUCGGCGGACUGUCAUUCAUGGGAAUCGCAGUUGGCAUUAUCUUUGGACUGAUCUACGCAAUCUGGGACAACAACAGCCGAUACAUGAAGCUCUUUGCGGCAAAAUCAGCAACGGCCGAGUCCCGCCUGCCACCUGCGAUAGUGGGAGGUAUUGCCCUCCCAAUUGGUAUGUUCGCCUUUGCCUGGACAAACUACCCUAGCAUCCAUUGGUCUGUCAGUAUUAUCCUGUCUGCGCCGUUUGGAUUCGGCUGUGUACUCGUCAUCUUGCCAAUCAUGAACUAUUUGAUCGACACUUACACCAUCUAUGCUGCCUCUGUUCUGGCAGCAGCUGCCAUCUUCCGCUCGCUUGUGGGCGCUGUUUUCCCCCUGUUCACGACGCAGAUGUACCACAAUCUGGGUAUUCACUGGGCGUCGUCUAUUCCGGCAUUCAUGACUCUCGCUUGCAUGCCAUUCCCCUUGAUUAUGUAUCGCUAUGGCGCAGCGGUCCGAAUGAAGUGUAAGUACUCAUUUGAAGCGGCAGAGAUGAUGAGGAAGAUGCAAAUGCAGCAAACGACUGCUACUGCAGAGAAGGAUAAGGACUCGGCGUCUGAGUGA